CUGAAAAGUGUGUUAUGUUGAAAGUUGUAAUGGUUGUAAUAAUUAUAAUAAUAUUUAAAGCAACUGUACUUACGUCUUCUGAUUUUGCUGACUAUAAUGAUAAUGACCUUGAAGAUGAAGAAGAAGAUUUUCAUAUGCUGAUAACUGGUGGAUAUCGUCCUACUAAAAAUACAAUGGCAAAAUAUUUAGUAUCAAUAAGAACCUCAAGGCCUACUGCAUAUUUUGGUGAUAAUCAUUAUUGUGUAGGGUCGCUGAUAGCAUCGAAUUUAGUUCUUACUGCAGCACAUUGCGUAGUGGAGUAUGUCUCUAAUAGAAUUGUGACACGUUCGAGAAGAAUCAUUGUUGUAGCUGGCACUCCAAAUCGUUUACGUGAGAAUCCAAAAACUGUGGAAUUGGAAGUAGAAGCUGUUAUUCCACAUAAUAAGUUCAUACGUAGUAGCGGGAACGAUAUAGCAAUACUGCGGUUAAAACAAUCGGUGCCAAAUGAUAAUGAUGCUAUAAAAAUUAUUCCACUUGCACAUAGAAAGCCAGCAGUAGGUACUAAUUGCACCGUUGUUGGUUGGGGCCAAUUAUUACCAGAUGGACCAUUCUCAGCUGAAGCAGUAUACGUAGAUCUUACAAUAACUUCCGAUAAACAAUGUCAAGAUGCGUAUUCAAGCUCUUAUAGUAAGGGUAUGAUAUGUGCAAACGGUAAAGAAAAACUAUUUCAGGGUCCUUGUCGUGGUGAUUCUGGAGCGCCUUUGAUAUGCCGCGGACGAGUAUGUGGAAUUGUGUCUUGGGGUGUGCGUUGUUCCAAAUUGGGCUUUCCAACAGCAUUCACUGAUGUUGCUUAUCACUAUCAAUGGAUACAAAAAGUGAAUGGGGUUAUUCUUAUCAAUUACAUUAGCUACACCUUAUUAUUAGUGUGUUUUUUUAUAAAUAGGAUUGUUCUUUGAAAGAAAAAAAUUUCUUUUUUUGAAAAAUAUUGGUUUUUGGUUGUAAAUGUGUGAGUUAUGUAGCAGAAUACCAUUAAACAUGGUAUUAAAAACAUUUUUUAACAUUGCAUGAAUUGAUUUACA